GUAGUUUAUGCAUGUUCGUGGCCAACGCGGCAACCUCAUCUUCAUACUCUCUUUCAACGUUCGUUCUGUCGUGAGUCGCGAGAAGAAUCAUCAAUUGCGAAAAUGGUCGCUCAGAAGAAACAGAAAAAGGCUCAAGAGAGCAUCAAUACCAGAUUGGCUCUUGUCAUGAAAUCUGGUAAAUAUGUUCUUGGUUAUAAGCAAACCCUGAAGUCCCUUCGUCAAGGCAAAGCCAAGCUGGUCAUCAUUGCUAGCAAUACACCACCAUUGAGGAAAUCGGAGAUUGAGUACUAUGCCAUGUUGGCGAAGACUGGUGUACAUCACUACACGGGGAACAACAUUGAGCUGGGAACAGCUUGCGGAAAAUACUUCCGCGUUUGUACCCUGUCGAUCACAGAUCCUGGCAAUUCCGAUAUUAUAAAGUCGAUGCCAACUGGUGAUCAGGCAUAACAUGUAUUUAUAUGGUUUUAAUAAAUAAUUCAAAAAUUCGGC